CCCAGCUCCAGCAGGCGCACCCACAGGAGGCGUGUCAUUCGAAGGGGGCGUAAAACAUAUAAAACUCACCCGUUUCUUCAGUCAAGUCAGUCCUUUAGCAAGAGCAGCAAAGGUACUACCCGGCAAAAUGGCCCAAUCUCUUCUCGACUCGAUGCCUGGAGCGUGUACCGGGACUGUGUCUGUGACGGACCACCUCAAUUUCUGGGGAGGGAAAAGAGUGAAGCCCCGACAAGAGACAGACGCAGAGCCAGUCUACGAACCAGCCACGGGCCGGGUGUUGUGCCAGAUGUACCCAUGUGGAGCUGAGGAGGUGGACGAGGCCAUUAAAAGUGCCCAUGAGGCCUACCUGAUCUGGAGGAAGAAGGCAGGGAUGGAAAGAGCACGGGUGAUGCUGGAGGCUGCACGAAUUAUCAGGGAACGAAGGGAAAAGAUUGCAAAGCUGGAGGUGAUCAACAAUGGCAAAUCCAUCACUGAGGCUCUGGUGGACAUCGAUAUUGCCUGGCAGUGCAUUGAGUACUACGCAGGGUUGGCUGGAACUCUUGCAGGUCAGCACAUUCAGCUUCCCGGAGGAGCCUUUGCCUACACCAGAAGGGAGCCUCUGGGUGUGUGCGUGGGCAUCGGGGCGUGGAACUACCCUUUCCAGAUCGCAGCCUGGAAGUCUGCCCCUGCUCUGGCCUGUGGUAACGCCAUGGUGUUCAAGCCAUCCCCCAUGACCCCUGUGACGGCUGUGAUACUGGCUGAGAUCUACAAAGAGGCUGGGGUCCCGGACGGCCUCUUCUGUGUGGUGCAGGGAGCAGCUCAGACCGGAAGCCUCCUCUGUCAGCACCCCAUGGUCGCCAAAGUCUCCUUCACCGGCAGUGUGCCUACUGGCAAAAAGGUGAUGGAGAUGUCCUCCAAAACAGUGAAGCAGGUAACUUUGGAGCUCGGGGGAAAAUCUCCUCUCAUUAUUUUCAAAGACUGUGAACUGGAGAAUGCCAUAAAAGGGCUCAUGGCGAACUUCCUCACACAAGGAGAGGUUUGCUGUAACGGGACCAGAGUGUUCGUGCAGAGAGAGAUUUUGCCUCAGUUUUUGGAGGAGGUGGUGAAGAGGACCAAAGCCAUUCGUGUGGGUGAUCCUCUGGAGGACGAGACGCGGAUGGGAGCUCUCAUCAGUAAACCUCACCUGCAGAAAGUGCUGGGCUUUGUGGAACAGGCCAAGAAGGAGGGAGCCAAAGUGCUUUGUGGAGGAGAGCCUUUUGUCCCCAGCGAUCCCAAACUCCAAGGCGGUUAUUUCAUGUCACCCUGUGUAUUAGAUAACUGCAGAGACGACAUGACUUGUGUGAAGGAGGAGAUUUUUGGCCCGGUGAUGUCUGUGCUGGCUUUUGACACUGAAGAGGAGGUGAUCAAACGAGCUAACAAUACAACCUUUGGAUUGGCCUCAGGAGUUUUCACCAGGGACAUUUCCAGAGCUCAUCGUGUGGCAGAAAACCUAGAAGCUGGAAAUUGCUUCAUCAACAACUAUAACAUCAGCCCUGUUGAAGUGCCAUUUGGAGGCUACAAACAUUCAGGCUUCGGCAGAGAGAACGGUCAAGUGACAAUCGAGUAUUACUCCCAGCUCAAGUCUGUUAUUGUGGAAAUGGGAGAUGUAGAGAGCAUCUUCUAAAUUUGACGAAGAAUGUUGUCCCAUACAGUAUGUGAAUAAAACUUUAGCACUUGGUUAAAUACAUUUAGUUGCAUAAUGCACUAUAAUUAACCUGAGGCUGAAUUCACCACAUUUUUACCAUGCUGCUUUUGCUACUGGACCAGGCUUUUGUAACAGAAUAAAAGAAAAUUGUUUCCUAUUG